CUGAUUUCUCAUCUGCUGGUCUUCCCCUUUCUUCUUUUCGCUCCGGCAAUGUCGAUUCCUUCGCGGCGUCGCUGUGCGCCGGCUCUCCUCUUCUUCCUCAUCUCUCUCUCACUUGCUUCGGCCGACCCUGCUCAAGAUGACGGUCCCAAGUCUCCUUCCUGCGACAAUCCUUUUGAAUUGGUCAAGGUCAAGAGCUGGGUUGAUGGCAUUGAAGGCGAAGAUAUAGCUGGGUUAACUGCAAGAUUUGGGGGAUUACUGCCUACUCGUGCUGACAAAAGUCAAAGAUUCCCUGCUGUUUUCUCGGAUCCCUUAAACUGCUGUUCUAACUCAUCUACAAAGUUGUCUGGCUCUGUGGUGCUGUCAAUACGUGGUGAUUGUUCCUUCACAGCUAAGGCAGAAGUUGCACAGUCAAGAGGCGCUAUAGCGUUGCUGGUGAUAAAUGAUCAAGAAGAGCUUUACAAGAUGGUUUGUUCGGAGAAUGAUACCUCUCCGAAUAUUUCAAUUCCUGUUGUGAUGAUUCCAAAGUCAGCUGGAGAUGUACUUAACAAAUCUGUAAUGGACAAACAUGUGGAAAUUCUAUUAUAUGCACCAGAAGUACCACUUAUUGAUCUUGGGGUGGUAUUUUUGUGGCUAAUGGCUGUUGGGACGAUACUCAUUGCUUCACUCUGUCAAGAGUUUGGUGGUUCUGAGUUGUCUGAUCGCUAUAAUCAAUUAUCACCAAAGGACUCUGCUGAAACAACCAAAGAUGAUUCUGACAAGGAAGUCCUUGAUAUUACGGCAAAGAGUGCUGUAGUCUUUGUCAUAUCAGCAUCAACUUUUCUAGUGCUACUCUAUUUUUUCAUGUCAAGUUGGUUCGUCUGGAUUCUUAUUGUGCUCUUCUGCAUUGGUGGUGUUCAGGGGAUGCAUAAUUGUAUAAUGAUGCUGAUAUUAAGAAAAUGCAGAAACUGUUCAAAGAAGAUGUUGAAUUUGCCUUUCUUUGGGGAGGUUUCUGUUGUCUCAUUCGUAAUUGCAUUACUUUGUGUGUCAUUUGGCAUUGUAUGGGCUGUCCAACGACGUGCAUCAUAUUCAUGGAUUGGACAAGAUAUUCUUGGUAUCUGUUUGAUGAUAACAGUCUUACAGAUGGCUCGACUACCAAACAUCAUGGUUGCUACAGUACUUCUUAGCUGUGCAUUUGUUUAUGACAUCUUCUGGGUCUUCUUGUCUCCUUUAAUAUUCCAUGAGAGUGUGAUGAUUGCAGUUGCACGAGGUGACAAUAGUGGUGGAGAAUCUAUUCCCAUGCUCUUGAGAGUACCUAAAUUUUUUGACCCUUGGGGUGGAGAUAAUAUGGUUGGAUUUGGGGAUAUUCUCUUUCCUGGUUUGCUUAUAUCAUUUGCUUUCAGAUAUGAUAAAGAAAACAAGAAGACUCUUGCAGGUGGAUAUUUUCUUUGGUUGAUGAUUGGCUAUGGAAUUGGCCUCUGUUUCACGUACCUAGCAUUAUAUCUAAUGGAUGGGCAUGGUCAACCUGCACUCCUCUAUCUUGUUCCUUGUACACUAGGUAAUCAAGUGUUGGAGUCUGCAUUGGCAGACUACUUUGUUUGUUUGUUUUUAUAUAUAUAUAUAUAUAUAUGUAUGUAUGUACAUAUAUAGGAGGGAUCCACUUACACACAAGUUUUACAGACCAUACUUACACAAAAUCUCAACUAUUCAUCUCUCCACUUUUAAUGAUUGAGAUUUAUUUACAUUUAUUAAAGAUAAUUAUUAUUUUUAUCUAAAAAGUCGUGAUAAAUCUCAACCAUUGAAAGUGAAAAGAUGAAUGGUUAAGAUUUUGUGUAAGUGUGGUGUGUAAGACUUGUGUGUAAAUGGAUCCCUCCUCUAUAUAUAUAUAAAAUUUCAAAAUGGCUUUAUUUAAAUCAUAGUAGCCUGUCAUCUUAAAAUGACAUUAAAAUGUGGUUUUUUGAAAUCCUUCCUUGAAAGUCUGCCUUUCUUCCUUAAGCGCGCUCUAUAUUCAACUUGACAAAAAAUGUAAUCUAGGAAAGGAUUUUGAAAUUCUGGUCUAGUAUGAAAUAUCCAUUGAAGCUUGAAAUCAUUCAU